AUGCCUUCUUUCAUUGUCACCCUCAAGGACGAUGUGUCCGAUGAACAGCUUGCCGCAGCCAAGCAGAAGGCUAAGGAUGCCGGCGGCAAAAUCACCCACGAGUACACCCUGAUCAAGGCCUUCACCGUUGAAUACCCCGAGGGCACUGUUCACUCGCUCGCCGAUGACCCCUCAGUGCAGACUGUCGAGGAGGAUAAGGAGAUGAGGACGCAGUAA